AUGUUUGACUAUGAUUGGGUGAAGAAUCUGGAGGCUCAAAAUAAGUGUAGUAACUACAUAUAUGAUGAUGCAAACAGCACAAGUAAUAAUAAAAGAGUUAUUGACUUAACAUUAGAUAGUAAUAGAAGUAAUAAUAAUAAUGAUAACAGCAAUAGUAGCAAUAACAACAAUAACAAUAAUAAUAAUGAUAAUAAUAGUGAGAAUGAUGAUAAUGAUAAUAGUAAUAGGAGCAAUAGUGUCAAUAACAAUGAAGAUAGUCUAGAUAAAAAUAGACAUAAAAAUAAAGAUAUAGAUGAAACUAAGGAAGAUACAUAUUAUAACAAUGAAAUAGUUGAAUAUGUUAAUAAUAACAUAUUACAUAAUAGUAAAUAUAAAAAAUCUUUUAAAGGCUUAUACAUUUUAUACAUUAAUGUAAUUACAUAG